GUCCUGCAGCCCCCCAGGGAACCACACGAGGAGGAGGAGGAGGAGGAGGGGGGUGAUGGCAAGCUUGCCAGCAGAAUAGGCCUAUGGGAACAUAAGUGUGGCUCAGCGAGGGGCUGUGCAACUCUGGUCUUUCAGGAGCCAGCCUUUCUGUUUUGCCAUGAUCUCAGUGACAGUUUGGGCAACACAGACAUCUCCUUUGCCUUUCCACUGCAGGUUGUCUGCAGUUUGACUGACCCGCGUGGAUUAAGGAAAAUAAUAAUAACAAUAAUAAUGGCCAUCCGAUAUAUCAAGCUCAAGUACCUGUGGAUUUAUGUUUUGAAUUAUGAGAAACUAUAGAAUAAAACAAAAUGGAGAUCCCACCUGUGGAUAAUCUGCAGGAGCAUCAGUCUUGGACAGAUUGCAGAGCGCACAAAUUGGACUUUUCAACACGGGAGUCAUCAAUAGAAAGUGCUGCUAUCUCAACUAAUGGCUCCCCAGUCCACGGAGGGGAGGAUUGUCUCCCUAAAGUCCAAAGCUCGUUGUUAGAGCCAGACGAGGACUUACCCAAGCUUAAGAAGACAUUUGUUUGCGAUUAUAAGGACUCUGAAUUUGCGGAGGCUGUGUGCUGUCAUGAGCCUGAACAAGUCACCCUUGGAGAAGCGUCUCUUCGGUCAAACCAGGACAGCUGUGGUAACUUUUCACCUCCUGCUCCCGCGGUAGACGUUCAGUCAGACCAUGUGGCAGAGAAUGAUCCUGCUCGGACACUGGAUUUAAAACGUGAAUGUGUAAAAACAGAUGACGGAAAGAAGUCGGAGCCCCUCUCGAAUGGCUCCAACUUCAACUUCCCCUCCACACCGACCCUUGUGGUCACUGCUGCUGUUACUGAGUCGGACCUGAGAGUCCUGGAUCCGCCGCACGUCGUGAAGCACAAACAGAGCUCCAUUACCUUCUCGGACUAUACCUGUCCCUACAGAGCCAGCGGCUGCGCUUCUGUCAACGAGAGCUCUGACGACGGAGAAUCGUCCCAGGAGGGGGAGGACGACGGUCACCACGCCGGCGACGGGGAUGACGACGACGACGACUAUGACGAUGAUGUUUUCACAGAGCUCCCUCAUGGUAGAGAUCUCCUCGUCGGUCAGAGACAGAGGACCGUGAACAAAGAUAAACAGUGGACGAAAUAUUCUGUGAGUUCACAAGCAGCGACUGAUCUCACACCGAGCAGCUGUGGUUAUGAAGCGGAGGGGGAAGCCAGCAGUAAGGAGGAGUCUCCGCAGGUCAAGUCUCCCUGGUCUGAGUCAAUGAGCCAGCUGAUGAGGAAACUGGAUCAGCUCAAUCUGGACAUAGAGGAGGCUCUGAGCGCGGGCUCGUCGCCCUCCGACACGCCCUGCACCACCCGCAGGAAACAGUGGGGCACUGUCUCGAAGUCCACAUUAAACCAGACCCCGAAUGCCCAAGUCCUCCAGAGUCCGGACAGAGGGGAAUGUCAGAGCCGGGACAGAUCUUUAGCUCCUCGUGGCUCCUCGGUGGGAACGAGAACAAGAACCAAGAAGACGAUGUUCAAUAAGAUGACCAAUGCAGAAAUUGAGGCGAAAGAGGCGUGUGACUGGCUGCGGGCAGCAGGUUUUCCCCAGUACGCUCAGCUCUUUGAAGAUUCCCAGUUCCCCAUUGACAUUACUCCUGUGAAAAGAGAUCAUGACUUCCUGGACAAAGAUCUCGUGGAACCUUUGUGCAGACGACUCAACACUCUGAACAAGUGCGCAUCUAUGAAACUUGACGUGAAUCUUCCAAAGAAGAAGAGUGAAGACUCUGAUGAAGAAGACCUGUUUGCUAUCAGUGACAAAUGGACCUUUGAGCUGAGCAGCCGGCGUUGGUCCAGGUUACAGGAUAUUGACUGUCUGCUAGGAAACCACAGAGACGGUCAGACAUCCAGGGACGGCGUUCCUCUGAGAACCACCACCAGCAGCGAGAGCGUCCUCACGGACCUCAGCGAGCCUGAGGUCUCGUCAUUGCACAGUGAGAGCAGCGGCGGCAGCGGUCACAGGGGCCUCAGCACUGAAGACUCCGACUGCUCCAACCGCACCUGCUCCGAUUCCGCAGCAAUGCCAGACUCUACUUCCAUCACAAUGCCUCACGUCCCCAAAGAGUUUACCAGCUACAGCUCGCUGUCUCACAAGCACGGCAAGACGGGCCGCACGCGUGCCAAAGACUUCCUGAAGCGCAUGGAGAUGCUGAGCUCCGGGGGAACGCUGGGAAGGAGCCGUAAACCGCUGGUCAUCAGCUCUCCUGUGCUGCAGCAGGAGGCGCGGGCGCUGAAGAUGCUGCAGUGUGUCGACAUCAUAAACGGAGACGGCGGGGCUCCGGAAGCGCUGGGCUCCGGCAAAGCUCCACCGUCCCAGUCCAGCAGUGAAGGAAGCAGCCAUUCAAGCGGCAGCACCGUCAGCACACCCAGCCUGAAAGAGCGCAAGCAUCACCGAGCGGACCACAAGCGCAGUGGCAUGUAUCUGGAGGACAUGGACAUCUUCUCGGGCACCCAGGUGAAUAAAAUCGCAGAGCAAAACCGCAGAAAUGAAUUCUGCUCCCAUGAAGACCUUGUGGUCCACAUUCCCAAAGAUCACAAGCCGGGAACCUUCCCGAAAGCACUGUCCAUAGAGAGCCUCUCGCCAACCAAUGGGGGCUCCAUUAAUUGGCACACUGGCAGCAUGCACCUGGACUCCCCGCUGAUUUCACACAGGAAUGACAGCAGGCCAGUCACCCAGUGCUGCUCCAGGGGCAGCCGCAUCAGCGUGUACGAUAACGUGCCGGGCUCACAUCUUUACGCCAGCACUGGAGACCUCAUAGACCUGGAGAAAGAGGACCUGUUUCCUCAUCUGGAUGAUAUCCUGCUGCAUGUUAAUGGUCUACAGCAGAUAGUGGACCACUGGUCACAGAAUGUUUUACCUGGAGGAGAAGGGGUGCACCAGGUGGACAGUCAGAAGGACGGCACGGUAGGCCUCCAGUCAUCUAGUCAGAUCACGUUGGACUUUGAAGGGAAUUCGGUCACAGAAAGCCAGACUAUACCUACUGAUGGGGACAGAGAUAAAGUAUCACUUGCUGAGACAGAAUCUACGAGGCUCAGGGAAAGGAGGGACUCCGGAGUUGGUGCCUCACUCACAAGACCUAAUAGGCUACGAUGGCCCAGCUUUCAAAUAUCUAAUCGCAUAAGUCACUCGGUGGCAUCCCUGCAGAUUACAAACCAGUCUGCAGGCCAGCUGAGUUUAUUACAGAAGUUUUCUCUACUGCGUCUAACUGCAAUCAUGGAGAAGUACUCCAUGUCCAACAAGCAUGGCUGGACUUGGUCUGUGCCAAAGUUCAUGAAGAGAAUGAAGGUACCGGAUUAUAAGGACAAGAAUGUGUUCGGAGUGCCCCUCAUAGUGCAUGUACAGCGUUCAGGACAGCCUUUGCCUCUCGGCCUACAGCAAGCACUGCGGUACCUGAGGAGCCAGUGUCUUGACCAGGUGGGUCUCUUUCGCAAAUCAGGGGUGAAGUCUCGGAUUCAAGCUUUGAGGCAGUUAAAUGAAAGCUCUCCAGACAAUGUGAACUAUGAGGACCAGUCGGCGUACGAUGUGGCCGACAUGGUGAAGCAGUUUUUCAGGGAUUUACCUGAACCUCUUCUCACCAGCAAGCUGGGGGAGACCUUCCUCCACAUCUACCAGUAUGUGCCGAAGGACCAGAGGUUGCAAGCUGUCCAGGCAGCCAUCAUGUUGAUGUCGGACGAAAACCGAGAGGUGCUGCAGACCUUGCUCUGUUUCCUCAGUGAUGUCACAUCCUCGGUGGAGGAGAACCAGAUGACACCCAUGAACAUUGCGGUGUGCCUGGCACCCUCUCUCUUCCAUCUGAACAUACUGAAGAAGGACAAUCUCUCACCAAGGGCCAUGCAGAAGAAGUACUCCACGGGCAGACCAGACCAGAAGGAUCUGAAUGAAAAUUUGGCAGCAACACAGGGCCUGGCUCAUAUGAUAAUAGAGUGCAAUCGUCUCUUUGAGAUCCCUCAUGAGAUGGUUACUCAGUCACGUAAUUCAUACGUGGAGGCUGAUCUGCAUGCACCAACGAUUGAUGAGCUGUGCAAGCAGCUGGAAGAAGAUGAUGGAACAUACCAAACACAUAUGGAGGGGAGGCUGCAGAACCUGCUCAAAGAGGCCCGGGAAAAGUCCAAAUACUGGGUUUCAUGCAGCAGCUCUGAUAACACAGAACUUUUUUAUAAGAAGGUGGGAGAUGGGAACCCUUUGAGACGUUGGAGAGUAUCUGUGGAGGUGGAAGCGCCACCAUCUGUAGUGUUGAACCGGGUGUUGCGAGAGCGCCACCUGUGGGAUAUGGACCUGCUUCAGUGGAAAGUGUGCGAGACGUUGGACAAGCAGACAGAGGUGUUUCAGUAUGUCCUCAGUCGCAUGCCCCCUCAUCCCAGCAGGGACUUUGUGGUUCUCAGGUCAUGGAGGACAGACUUGCCCAAAGGUGCCUGCUCCCUGGUUUCUGUGUCUAUAGAGCAUGAGGAUUAUUCUCCUAUAGGAGCGGUACGAGCUAUUGUCCUGGAGUCCAACUACCUACUAGAGCCCUGUGGUUCAGGAAAAUCCAGACUAACCCACAUCUGCAGAGUGGACUUGAAGGGAAGGGCUCCGGAUUGGUACAACAAAGCCUUUGGCCACCUUUGCGCUGCAGAAGCUGCUCGGAUCCGCAACUCCUUUCAGCCACUAAUCACUGACGGCCCGGAGACCAAAAUCUAAAUAAUCUUUGCCGGUUGUGUCUGCUCAGCCUUGAGAUCAAAAAUGAGCCUUUGAGUCACUGCUGACGGGCAGACACAAGAGCGUAUACAAGACCCCAGAGCUAAAGCACAGUUUAUUGUUUGUUUUUCCGUGUGCAAAUAAUUUUAAAUUCUUUUGUACUUGCACAAUGACAAAAGAGGACAUCUUAUAGGUGCUGAACAUAAUUAUUCAUUGGGAAAUUAAUCAUCCUGCCAAUGUCCUUUACAUUAGGAUUUUAUUCACCUUUACAUUGCUAAGCCUGUAUGUUAUAAUAAGUAUUAUCGUUAAUAAUAUUAUUGUUACUAUAAUCUAAAAAUGUCUACGACAUUCAAGCUCUUAAAUGCUUCUGGGAAGCAUGCAUAUUCAGAUUUAAAGCUAUAAUUAUUAAGAUGUACACUUGAGUGUCUGUAUAUAUGUGUGUGAAUAUCCUGUAAAUGCAAUCAAAUGUACAUACUGUAUAUAUGUGAAGGGGUAAAUAGUACAUAUGUUAAUUUCCUAUAUAUUAAUUCGUUCACCGUGUCAUCCUUCCUGUAAUACACAUGGUACAAAAUUGUAAGCUGGUUUUACUUUGCUUCAGUAUUGCCAUUUUGGAAUGAGUGUAAUUUUAUUGAACUUUGACCUCACAGUGCUUGUGAAAUGAAUGACUUAAGGUGUAACCUGAUCACACCUGCUUUAGGGUACUGGAUUGUGCAGUCAGGUACAAGAGACAUAAUUUUUUUAAAUAAAACUAUCAAAGUUAUAAAAUGCA